AGUGCAAUUAGAGAGGCUGCGGAGAGAGCAGGGAGUGCGAGUGUCUUGCAGGGGGGCUUCUCUUGUCCGCUGAGGCAGCACCGCGUUCCGGGUGUCGGGUGUCGCGGCAGGUGGUUCCAGUGGAGCAAGGGGAAGGGGGGGGGGUCCCAGCUGCCUUGGCACCCGGAUUGAGGGAGGGGCGGUGGGGCUGGCCCCCCGGCAAGGGGCACGCACAGCCCUCGGCCCAGCCCUCGCCGGUGCCUGCGCUCGGGUCCCCCGCCAUCGCCCUCUCCAUCGCCUUCGCCAGCCUCACCUGGGCAGCCAGGAAGGGAGGAGAAGAAAUCUUCACCGAGCAGCCGUCGGGGGCUGCUGCGCCGUCCAUUUCCGAUUUGGGUUUGCAACUGCAGGACCUUCAAAGAUGACACUCCUGGCUUCUGAACGCUCGAUGCUGAUCCGAAGCAAGUUCCGCUCCGUACUCCAAUUGCGAAUGCAACACCGACGGUCCCAGGAGCAGCUCUCCGAACGCCACUUAAUUCCAGCUCUCAACAAACCCCUUGCGACUUUUCCGCAGCCCAGUGGGACACAGAACAAAGCCAAUGAGAUUGCAAAGCUGAAAGCUGAUUGCAAAGCCUCACCUCGGCCCCACAAGACAAGCACAACCAAGGCCCAGCCUGUAGAAGUGCCUCCAGGGGACCCUUCCGAGCUGCAGGACAAAAAGGCUCGCCUGGCCGAAGACCUGAGCGAGAAGAUCCUACACCGCCCUGGACCACUUGAGCUGGUGAAGAAGAACAUUCUCCCUUUGGAUCCAGGCAUUAAGGAUGCUGUGACAGAUGCAACUCCAACUGCUCCCAGUUCCUUCAACUUUGAGGAAGACCUUAGUAGCUCAUCUUCAUCCUCAUCCCCCUGCUUUGCUCUGUCUCCGGGAAGCACUCAUCCUACCUCAGGGACUGUUUUUCCGCUAGAUAUUCCCCCAAUGCUAGCAGAUCAACAGCCCCCUGGAUCAUCAUCCACCUCUGAGGCCGAGUUCCCUCUCCAAGGAGGGAGCCCUCUUACCAAGCCUUCUGUUUCACUCCUUAAGCCUCCUCCCAAGGUUCCUGAGGCCAGGAAACCUCCGCGCCCUAAGAAAGUGAAGGAAGCUCGGCCCAAAGUGAAGAAGCUGAAGUACCACCAGUACAUGCCUCCUGACCAGAAGGGAGAGCAGGCACCGGUGCCCAUGGACGCAGCCUAUGCCCGCCUCCUGCAACAGCAGCAGGUCUUCUUGCAGCUCCAGAUCUUGAACCAGCAGCAGCAGCCCACACCAACCUCACCAGCCACUUUCUGUGUCCAAGCCCUGCACACUGUCCCAGCCAGUAGUGCUCCAGAGCAGGUCCUGAGCUUUCCUGGGACACCUACCCCACCAAGUGGGCCUCCUCCACUCUCGCUUCCCUCUCCAGCUACACCAACCUCUCCUUCACCUCCCAAACCAGAACUGCUGCCUGCCAACUUGGAAGAGCUAACAGUGUCCGAACUCCGUCAGCAGCUUCGUAAGAGGGGCCUCCCUGUUUCUGGCACCAAGCCAGCCCUGCUUGAACGCCUCAAGCCUUACCAGAUGGUCCGGUCCAAGCCUCCACCCGUCCCACUCUCUACUAGCACCCGCUUGGCUCCCUCUGACCUAGAAGAGGAGGCCCAGGCCCUUCGGGAGAAGCAGCGGGUGGCCCAGAACCUGGCACUGAAGCUCCACAGGGAGCAGAAACACCAGGAUGAUGACCUCCGAGUGGAGCUUGAGAUGCACAAGCGGAUCAAGAACCGCCGCAAAAGCGUGCUGCCGUCUACCAGCCAACAUGGGGCACCCCCACCGUACAUCCCACAGCGGGAAUGUGCCAAGGAGGGGAGAGGCAGGGAUGAUGGCUUCAUGGUUUUGUGCCCUCCAUCCUGUGAGCCCAUUCAUUCUGAUAUGGAGCUGCCCCUUGAAAUCACAGCCAGCCCUGCUGACCCCACCCCAACAGGAACUCGUUCCCUGGAGGAGGAGCUCCAAGAGGCCAUCCAGAAAGCCCAGCUGGUGCCAAGUCAGUCAAUUGAAGACAUCUUGGAGGAACCACUGAUGUGUACAGACAACCUUCUUCAGACACAUGCCUUGACCCAGGAAGUCCCUGAUGAUCGAGUUGCCCUAUCUCCACUUGCCCACCAAGAAGCAUCACCACCAAAGAAAGCCCGGCCCAGUAGUGACCUUCCUUUGGUGACCUCUGCCAUCUUUGAUUUCCCUGGAUCCUAUGACUUCCUGUCAACAGCCUCCUCCUCAUCUGCAUCACUGGACUCCCUGUCCUCUGUUUUCUCCCCUGACUCUCUGGAGAUGCCUCCAUCUCCACCAGACACUUGGCAAGGGAAUGGGACCCGUGCUGGAUUUGACCCUGUCGACUGGCUAGAGGCCUUGACCUCAGGCUCUGCAUCAGGUUUGGGAUCUACCAGCCCUGUCGGCGGCAGCAUUUUCUGUACAGACUUUUUUGAUUCAUCUGACCUCGGUGUCAACCACAUGAUAGAUCUAAUGGUGGAGCAGUGGUAAAAGGAGUGGUCCAUCUGGUUCCCAAGGCCUGAAGGAAAAGGGAGAGAAUCCUUCUUAUAACCUGUAAAGUCACAGUAGCACUGAAUUCCUCCUUGAAUGGGCAACAGCAACAGUGUUGAAGUGGUCAACACCAAGUUUCACCAUAGAUGGUCUUGUUUCUACAUCCAGUUGCUCCCUUGAAAAAAGUAAAAUCACAGAUGUUUGGUUGUGUCAGUGCUAUGCCUCUUCAUGAAGGCCAGGCAAUCCCAGAAAGAAGUCUUACUUCCAUCCAUCUGGAGAUAAAAGAUGCCAGGAAGACUGGAAAUCAGUGAGACAGUUCAAGAGCGAUAAAUCCUGGUUUGGAAUUUAUCCAGACAUGUUUUUUCUGUGUCAUGAAUUUCUGAUUCAUCAUAGAACAAGUAAUUUGGAAUAGCAUCAGUUUUGGAUGCUAUCUUGCCUGGAACAAAACUACUAAUGUUUGUGUUCUUGACAACUUUGAAUGCCACCUUGGCAGGAACCAAAUUGCUGACAUCUGGGUUCUUAAUGAUGCUGAUGAUCGUCUUGCAUUAACAUUUGACAUAUGGAUUUUGUCACUUCUGCUUGUCAUCUUGGUAUUUCAAUAUCUGCCUCACAUCAACUCUAGAAGUCAUUAACCGAAUGGGAAAUGCUGUGGUCCAAGAUAAUAGGAUCUUUAAGACACCAUGCUGGUUUCAUAGAAGCAUGAGGACAAUAGCUCUGUAUACAUCUAGACUGUCCCACUGAUUUAUAUGCACUAUGAUUGAGAAUGAGAAGAACAUAUUCUACCUUGUUUGCGAUAUCCCAUCUUGUUUCAUUUGGAAGUACAGUGCCAAUUUUUCAAAUAAUUUGGAUUCUGAAGUCUCAGUCCUCUGUGGUGAGGCAGAAGCUAUAAUUUCCAAUGCCCAGCCAGAAUGGAGUGAACCAGCAGUAGAAACCUCAUGUCUUUAUGAAAAUGAAGAUAAAGAUGACCUUUUAUGUUGGGGACUGAACAAUAUUUUAAUAGCUGGAAGAAGAGGCGCCAUCUUCAUCAGGUCAUGCCAUUCUCUUAGCUUUUUCAUUUUUACUUGAUAUUAAAAUGUUGAGGGAACGUAAACAUACUGAGAGCUUUAAAAGCAUUCUUUGGGCUUGGGGUAGAGUGGCAGGCCAGCUCCCUAAGGUGGCUGGAAAGAGAGAGGGGCACAUUUGCAGAGAGAUGCUGGUGGUGUGCCAUGUUCCAGUAACCAAAGGCUGCUGGGAAAUCUCAAACACUUGGUUAAGGAAAGAUCAGGGCACAGAUGUGGUCACUGUUCAUGUUAUGUAGAUAUUUAAGAGCCUAACUAACCAAAGACUUAAUCUGGUUUAAUGAUAGUCAUUCCAUUAUCACUAGAAUUCCUGGGAAUUGUAGUUCUGUCAGAGUUUGGGAUGAGGGGUGGGGAAUAUAUGGCACUCCACAUGCAUGCAACACUAGCAAAGUAAGGAGCCAUGGGGUUGAGAUUAAACAUCUAUAGAUCAGAUUGGCUGGCAUCCUUGUUAAGAACAUACAUGCAGGUAAAAGAAAUGUAUGCUUGUGUAAGUCCUUUUUGUGGGGACUUUUGGAGUUGUAUUCCUUUCCAAAGCACCUUUUCAAACUUACAUUACAGUCUCUGAAACCCCCUGGGUGGCUAUUUGCUGAUUCUUGGGGAGCAGGCAGAAUUGCAGAAGCAUCUGGCUGAGUUCCUUUAGCCAGAUGCAAAACGAAGAUACCAGCAUUUGGAUCCGCUGAGUCCUCUCAGUGCAAUUGUAAUCAUUGCUCAUCUAGCUACAGCAAUGGUUCUCAACCUGUGGGUCCCAGAUGUUUAGGCCAUCAACUCCCAGAAAUCCUAACAGCUGGUAAACUGAUUGGGAUUUCUGGGAGUUGUAGGCCAAAACACCUGGGGACUCACAGGUUGAGAACCACUGGGCUACAGGAUUAUAGGCAGAUGCUUCUACAAUCCUGCCUUUUCCUCACAAAGCAGAGAACGGAUGUCAAGAGGCUGUUGAGGAGAUGGUGGCGUAUGGCUCAACAUAGCAUAACAGGUCUGCAUGCACAUAUUAGUGCAUGCACAACUUUGCUUCCAGUGUUGCCAGAAGAAUAUAUGUUUGAUUAUGGCAAAUAAUUAGCCUAACAUGCACAUAUCACUAUCAUGAUGCCAGCUAUUGUCUAUUGGGCAUACUAAUAGAGAAAUAUUAUCAAACUACAUUUUCCAGAAUUGUUUGCCUGGCAAUACUUGCAGUUGGUAGGAGGAAAGGUGGCAGUUAAAGUGUCAUAAGGCAACUAAAAUUUGAAACAUACAUAUGCUCUUAAGGUACACUUAUGCCUAUGCUUUGGGGGAAAAAAAGUGAAAAAUAAGAGAAGCCUGUCUAUUGCAGAGAGCAUACCCUUUUUUACCUUGUUGUCUUGUACAUAAGAUCUUGAGGGCCAAGCUAAAGAAAUAACACAUUUUAAAAGCAGGAGGGGGCCUGUGUUGUUUCCAAUCAAAAGGAUGCCUGUGACUUAACCAUCUCUCCCUUACAACCACAGAGCAGUUUCUCAACUUUAGCACAACUAAAUGUUUCUUUUAAAUGGCUAAAUAUAUUAGCCAGAUGCCAUAUCGUUGUUAAAGGCCUCUUUUGUAUAAUUUAUACAUGUAAGCAAGCAGAAAAACCAUGGCUCACCAGAAACAGAGGGGAGGGUCCAAACUGGGAAUGAUUUUUUUAUUCCCAUGAUAGCAGUAAGCCUUUGAAUUUAAGAACAAAAGAUAGAUGGAAGUAAAGUUGACCUCAUAUGGGUAAAAGAGUAUACUGCUCCUGUUUUUAUGUACUAUCUGCAAUUACCUUCAAAGUAACUGACUUCAGUAGCUGCUUCAGGUGUAAAGUACAUUGGCUAUGUUAUAUUUUGUCUUACAUGUUGUCACCCUAUGAAGAUGGACAGUACAAGAACAAGUAACUGCUGUAGUUUGAGGGUAAUUGCAUCCCUUCACUGUGCCCGACUCUUGUAGCCUAAGUGUCAGCAGACCACAUGAAAGACCAUAUUGCAGCAGCAAUAUAAAAAUAACAUCAUCAGUUAAAAUACCAGAAUAAAAGGGACCUAGUAAAAUUCAAGAUAGAGUUAUAAUGCCAACUGAGGCUGGUAAUCCAGUGACUGUCUCACCAAAGGCCAACCUAAACAUACAGGUCUUCAGUUGUUUCUUGAAGGAGGAUAGAGAGGGAGCCAACCUAUGGACAUGAGGUCCUUAUUUGUGACUUUUUUCUUUGGACUCCCCAAUUUUGAUGAACUGGGCAAAGGAAAUGGUAGCAUUUAACACAUACGUUGUUUCAACUUUGUUUUGCACAAACAAGGGCCUGCCAUAGGAAAAGCCCACAAAAUAGACCUCACAGGAAAAACAACAAUGUACCUUGUACUACAGUUUGGAAAAGUUAGAUAAUGCCUUUCAUAAUCCUCCUACCAACCUAGACAAUGGCCAUUGCUAGCUACGGCUGAGGUGUCAAACCUGUGGCCCUCCAGAUGUUUCAGACUCCAGCUUCCAGAAGCCACAGCCAACUGGUCCAAUGGCCAGGAAUUCUGGGAGCCAAAGUCCAAAAAACCUGAAGGGCCACAAGUUUGACACCACUGGGCUAGGGGAUUCUGGGACUUGUAGUACUUCUAAGUUCUGCCAUGCUUUAAACACCCACACAUUUAGAGUGGUAUAUGCCAUACUUUUCAAUCUCUGCUGCUCACUUUCAAAAUAAACAUCAUUUUUCACUGCC